CAACCCAAGAAGCAGAGGUCUUAAGUUUGAAUCCCAGCAUGGUUGUUCCCCGAAAUCCACAUAUGAUUCAAUUAUAUACCAUUCACAUACGUUAUAAAAAUAUGGGUAUUGCUGUUGUCUUUGUGUUAUGUGAGACUCGAACAUUCGCUCAAUAUCAGGCUAUAUGGGAAAAAUUAAUUGAAAUUGUACCAGAUUUAAAAAAUAAUGUACAAUUUAUAGUAGGAGAUUAUGAACGCGCUACAAAUAACUCCCUUCAUAAAUGUUUCCCCAAAGCCAGGUUGAAAGGGUGCUGGUUUCAUUAAAAUCAGGUAAAUUAAUUUAAGAAUAUUUUAUUUAUAUGCUCAUUCAUACAUGUGACAAAUCAUUAUAUUAAAUUUGUAACUUUUUCUUUAUUAAAAUUUAAAAGCAGUAUUGCGCAAAUGGCGGCAACUUGGUUUAAAAAAUGCUCCUAGGAAAUUAAUAACGAUGGUUAUGUCUGUACCAUUAAUAUUUUCUUCUUUAUUAAUACCAGCUUCUUUAUUUGAACAAGCUUUUACAGUACUACAACACAUAGCUGAUUCUAUAUUCAGUGAUUAUCCUAUGGUAUUACAAUUUAUUUCUUAUUUACGUAUUCAGUAAUUAUCCUAUGAUAUUACAAUUUAUGUCUUAUUUACGUAAGACAUGGUUGCCUAUAGCAAACAAAGUCUCUGUGUAUGGCUGUCCUGUUCGCACUAAUAAUAUAGUUGAAAGUUUCAAUAACACGAUAUCAAGGAAAUUUGGAUGUAGACACCCAAAUGUUUGGAUAUUUAUUGAAAAUUUGAAAAAAGUACUUAUUGAUCAGGAAAUUGAUCUUUGUCGCUUACGAAAUAAUUAUCAAGCACGUAGACUUCAAACUCGAGCCAAUAGAGAAAAAAAUAAAAUGAUACUGAAUAAACAGAAGGAUUUCUUAGAAAAUAGAUUACCGCUUCCUGAAUUUCUAAAAUCAUUUAGUCGCUUUUAUGAAACUGAUUUGUAUAAUUCAGACAUGAUUGAUGAAGAUAUAAUCCAGCAGAACGAUAAUUAUGAAAUUAGUACUGAAUUUCUAUCAGAAAGUUACGAUUCUAACUCAAAUGAAAACAUUUGUGGAACUCAGAGAAUUUCUAUUGAUAACGUAAAUGUAAACAGUGUAGAAGAUUCAUUUACAUUAAAUCAGAGACAAGAUGAUAAACGAUUAUCUUCGCUAACUUUAAGGCAUACAUAUAUUGAUACAGAAGAAGGAGCAGCCAUUUCCGAAAAUGCCACUGACCUGGAUAUAAUCAAUAUGAAUUCUACAGAUCUUACUUCCCUUACACCGGCAAACAUAUUGGAAGAAGCUCAAAAUACACACAACACUCGAAAUUUAUCACAAUUAGUGAACUUGAGGACGAAACGAUUUAUAACAUUCUUGAAGAUGACUUUGAAUACUGGUACGCAGAUCAGAACAAUGCUCAAUAUGAUGUCGCGUAUCACGAAUUCAAACGCUUUUCUUUAGAAAAUAUAUGCAAAAAUAGCCAAGAAAGAGUAAGAUCUGAUCGUACGUGCACUAUUUGUAUUAAUGCAGAAUCUACUCAUCUUUUCAUACCGUGCGGUCACUUCUAUAUUUGUGAGGAUUGUGCUAGUCAAAUCUUGCAAGAUAAUGUUAAAAUGUGUCUAAUUUGCAAAGCACAAAUUUCAUCGGUACACAAAGUAUAUAUUCCAUAAAGAAAUCUUACUCUUAUUUUAUAUGUAUUGUUACGUCCGACGUAACUUCUCUUUAGUUCGACCGAGCGCACCUUCUGUUACCACCAGAAAUGCAAUAAAUGCCCUGGGUGGUCAAAGAACAAUGGACUGAUAUAAGGUGUCAAAAUUUAACUAUUGAUUAUUACUCACAUGUCGUGAGAAGCAUCUUUCCCCUUCUACUAAAAGGUGGUGAGAACUCACGCGGGGGUAUCUCGCCACCUGCCUAUAAAAACGGGUGCGACUGCCCACACACUACUAGAGACAAGAAAUCAGACUAGAGACUAGAGACAAGAAGUAAUAAUUCUAAUAGUGACAUCAAAUCAGACAAAAGAUCAGACUAGAAGUCAGAUAAGACAAACAGUCAGUCAGUUUAUAAUUAAUUAAUUAAACCUAUAAAAUACAAACAAUAUACAUAACAAUUGGAUCACUAAGAUAAAACAUUAAAAAUCGUAAAUAAGUUAUUGAAUAGAUAAAGGUUUGUUUUCCU